AUGUGUUCCGAGGAGAAUCAGCAACCUCCGUCGUCGUACCCACUACGAACUGCGCAACCAGUGGGGAAACGGAUCGCGCGCUUGGAAAGGAUCGCCUUGGACAACUUUACUCGACGGGGCAAUGGGAGAAAUAUGCUGAAUGAGGCGGUGUUCUCGGGUGCGCCACAUGUGAAGCUUUUUGUUUGGCAUGCCCCAGGCAGAACGCGUCCAACAUUCCAGGAAGCCAUCCACCCCGCCAAUGAAUACGAAGAAACAGCGAUUGGGCAAGAGUUUGGCCCAUCCUGGUCUACCCAUUGGUUUAAGGUGUAUCUUCGACUACCUACGACAAUCCGCAAUACGGACCAUGUCGAGCUACAUUGGGACUGUAACAAUGAAGCGACUGUCUGGACGCAUGAUGGACAGCCUCUCCAAGGCCUCACCGGCCGAGGGGAGCGAGUUGAGUGGAUAAUUCCCGAUUCCUUUAAAGAUGGACGCGAACAUGUCAUCUUUAUUGAAAUGGCAUGUAACGGCAUGUUUGGCAAUGGCCCCGGAAGGCCAAUAUUCAAGAACCAUCCUGGCGGCGAUUCUAUUCAACCUCCAGAUCAGAACAAGCACUUUAUCCUUUCAAAGGCGGAAAUUGCCGUCGUUAACUGGGAAGCAAGAAUGCUGUAUAUGGAUAUGAUGGCUAUUCAUGAUUCUGCCGUUGAAUUUCCUGAGGACAGCUGGCAGCAACACAAAGCAUUGACUGUGGGCACGCAAAUCAUGAACACGUUUCGCCUUGGUGACAACAGCUCUAUUAUCCGGUGUCGCAAGAUUGCAGAGGAUUUCCUUGGGCCCAAUAUCAAUUCCACGAGUGUCUUCGCAGCCCAAAAAGAACAGGAAGUAGAUGUUUUCGCGGUGGGCCAUUGCCACAUCGAUACCUGCUGGUUAUGGCCGUGGGCAGAGACCAAACGGAAGGUUGCUCGAUCAUGGCUGAACCAGUGUGACCUUAUGGAUCGUUAUCCCGAACUCACCUUUGUGUGUUCACAGGCUCAGCAAUUCCAAUGGCUUAAAGAAGAAUAUCCCAAUGCGUGGGAUCGUGUCCUGGCAAAAGUUCGAAACGGACAGUUCCAACCUAUCGGUGGCUGCUGGAUUGAACAUGACACGAACAUUCCAGGCGGAGAGUCUCUAGUUCGGCAGUUUCUCUACGGCCAGCGAUUCUUCGAAAGUAAUUUCGGGUUCCGCAGCCGCGUUCUGUGGCUUCCAGAUUCUUUCGGCUUUUGUUCCCAACUUCCGCAGCUGUCAAGGCAAGCUGAGAUGCCCUAUUUCCUAACACAAAAAAUACGCUUCAACAACAUAAAUCAGUUCCCACACACGACAUUCAACUGGGUCGCGCUUGACGGAAGCCAGGUACUCAGUCACAUGCCGCCGACCCGGACUUACACGGCUGAAGGAAACGUUGCGGACGUUCAGCGCUGCAUUACAAAGCAUCUUUCUUUAGACCAAGACCAUACGUCGCUUAUGGCCUUCGGAAAAGGGGAUGGUGGCGGCGGCCCAACCUGGCAGCAUCUAGAACGCCUUCGACGGUGCCGCGGCAUCUCAGACACAGUUGGACUGCUACCUAGAGUGCAUGUCGGGAGUUCUGCGGAUGCUUUCUUCGAAAGAUUACAAAGAAAAGCUGGCUCUUUUCCCACAUGGUCCGGCGAUCUGUACUUCGAAUUACACCGUGGAACCUAUACCACCCAAUCAAAGACCAAACACAACAAUCGCAGAGCAGAGUUUUUACUACGAGACAUCGAGCAAUUGGCUACGAUUGUGUCGGUAGCCGACAAAUCAUAUAAAUAUCCAAAAGCAGAACUCGAUACGAUGUGGCAAGGUGUGCUCCUUUGUCAAUUUCACGAUUGCCUGCCAGGCACCGCAAUUAAAAUGUGCUAUGAUGACUCGGAUCAAGUCUACGCUAAUAUCUUUAAAGUUGGCCAAAAGCUACUUCAGACCCUUUAUAAGACUUUGAACUUAGAGUUCUUCAGCGGUACCACUCCGGAUAUAUUGAACAUGGUUGCCCUCAAUACUUCUGCCUGGCCGCGGAAGGAGAUUCUUGAAAUCAAAAGGGGAGCCUACGCUGUGGCCUCGGGUAAUGGAAGUACCCUGGCUCUCACGAAACUUGAACCUUCUUCAAUACAGGAGCCCGUUACUUUCCAGGAGGCGUCGCCGGGAAUUUUCAAAUUGCAGAAUGGCCAACUUUCGAUUACCGUUGAAAAGGGUUGCAUCACUUCAUUAUAUGAUAUCCGGGCGGAUCGUGAAGUCAUUCCGCUUGGAAGUCAUGCAAAUAAAUUUGUCAUUUUCGAUGACAAGCCAAUUUACUGGCAAGCAUGGGAUGUCGAAGUUUACCACCUAGAUACACGGCAAGAACUUGUGGGUUCCUCGACAUCGGUCACUGAAGAAACACACCACCGCGUGAGUGUAACAACGGAAAUCAAGAUCAGUCCUCGCAGUUCCAUUCUGUCAACCAUUUCUUUGUCCACUGCUCUUGACGGCACCGACAGCUUUGUGGAAUGCACAGCAGAAAUUGACUGGCAUGAGACCAUGAGGUUUCUCAAGGUCGAAUUCCCGGUAGACAUUCGAAAUACAGAAGCUUCAUAUGAAACGCAGUAUGGGGUAAUCAAGCGACCGACCCAUUACAACACUUCAUGGGAUAUGGCCAAAUUCGAGGUCUGUUGUCACAAAUUUGCUGAUCUUUCUGAACACAACUACGGCGUCUCAAUCCUCAACGAUAGUAAAUAUGGCUCUGCAACGGUUGGAAAUGUGAUGCGACUGUCUCUUCUCCGCUCUCCGAAAGCACCUGACGAUACCGCUGACAUGGGAAAACACCGAAUCCGAUGGGCCAUUAUGCCCCAUCGAGGUGGGCUGGGGCACAAAACUGUCCGUGCAGCCUUCGAUUUCAAUAAUCCCCUCAAAAUUUUUGCAACGAAAUCUCAGAAGCUGGUUGGGAAAGAAUUCCCCAUCACGAUUGAAGGCGACGAAAGUCUGGUCCUGGAUGCCAUAAAGCGCGGUGAGGAUGAUGAAGAUAUCAGUACUGGAGGACUGCCGAGGCGAAAAGGGCGGAGUGUGAUACUCCGGAUCUACGACUCACUCGGCGGCCACUCCCGGGGCACAGUCAAGACCGUAUGGAAGGUUUACAAGGUCUAUAAAACGAAUAUCUUGGAGGACGAUGAAGAUGAGAUUCCAGUCAAAGAUGGAAGCUUCUCUGUCCAUUUAGGGCCUUUCCAGGUCGGCACAUAUCGUCUCUGCUUGGCCGAGACAGACUUGUAA